CCGGGAGGCGCGGUCGUCCCUCCGCCCGCGCGCCGGGGGCCGGCCCUGUCGCCUGCGCCUUUUUCCCCCGCGCACACCGCGGCGGCGCGCGGCCACUCGCCAACCGCAAAGAGCGCGGUGGCUGCAGCGCCCUGCGCUCGGAAGAUGGUCCCCGCGGCCGGACAGCUCGCUCUGCUAGCGCUGGGUAUCCUGGUAGCUGUGUGUCAGGCUCUGGAGAACAGCACGUCCCCCCUGAGUGACUCACCCGUGGCGGCUGCAGUGGUGUCUCACUUCAACAAGUGCCCAGAUUCCCACACUCAGUACUGCUUCCAUGGGACCUGCAGGUUUUUGGUGCAGGAAGAGAAGCCAGCAUGUGUCUGCCACUCUGGGUACGUGGGUGUUCGCUGUGAGCAUGCAGAUCUCCUGGCAGUGGUGGCUGCCAGCCAGAAGAAGCAGGCCAUCACUGCCCUGGUGGUAGUCUCCAUUGUGGCCCUGGCUGUCCUCAUUAUCACCUGUGUGCUGAUCCACUGCUGUCAGGUCCGCAAGCACUGUGAGUGGUGCCGUGCCCUUGUCUGCAGACACGAGAAGCCCAGCGCCCUCCUGAAAGGAAGGACUGCCUGCUGCCACUCUGAGACAGUGGUCUGAAGAUCCCAGAGGAGGAAUUUGGCCAGGUGGCCAAUGACAGCCCAAGCAAGGAAAGGUGUCUCAGGACAACACCACCAGCAGUGCCCAGGCCCCGGGACAUGCUGGGAGACCUUCCCCCUCCAUGUACAACCACCUGGGCAGCUCUCUGUCCUUUACGAGCUUCAAAACUGUGUGAUAAAGCUGCCCGCUGGGCACCCUAGAGAAGAGGCCAGGAGACCACAUUUGAACGGCAAGUUGAACAAGAACCUCAAAGGGCUGGCCUUCUUGCUAACCCACACCCAGAAGGCUGUCCAUGGACUCCAAACUGUUUCUUCUCCAUGGGCUGUCUAACCCCCACAGAGACUCCAUGCUUGGUGUACAAAAUGGACAAGGGGAAACAUCUAUUGUCCUUUGAAGACACCAUGGCCCCGGCAUGAGCCCUGACAUCUCCUCAAACAGUUGCCAGGAUGAUGUGUCUUAUGUAUUAGGUGGAUGACGCGGUUUUGUUUGUAUUCUCUUUUUGUCAGUGUCGGGCAUCCAUGUUAAUGAUCCACGAGCGGCUGGCUGUGAAGUUACACCAAAUAGAAAUGUUCAGCCACUUUGAUAAAGUAAGGCUGUGGGGAUGGGAGCCUCCCAGGGGCUGUAGAGACAGAACUCAAAAGUGCAUUCUGCUGGGAACCAAACUGCUAUCGGGAGGUUGUGCCCACUGAGACAGGAAAGUCCCUGGAUAUAUGCUGUGGCAAAGUUAGCAAGGGCAAGAGGACAAGAGAGCCUGUGUGGGCACCGAGGGAGGACGCACAUUCCAUCACUCGAUUAAGUUGGAUUAGCCUCCUCGUGAGCCCAGCUCCAGCAUCAGCCGUGAGCCGUGGGCCAAAUCCGUGAAGGUGACCCCCUCUUUAUUGGUUUCUGCUCAUUUUUAGAAGGAGAAAUUUACCUUUCCUAUUUAUUUUCAAGCAUUAAUAGAAAUAGCCCCCCUGUCUUGUUUUGUUUUGUUUCCCCUUUCAGAAUGUUGGCAUUACUAACGAAAUCGCUACCAAGCCUCUCCACUCCCCUCAGGGGAAGGAGCUGUGUUCCCUGAGCACUGGAGGGCGCUCUGACCCAUUGAGCCCACCUCGUCCCUGUGCUGCUCAGGACUGUCAGGAGACAGAGUGACAGUAAAUACAUCCAGCUGCUUGUGGAGGAGGCCAUUCUCCAACUCAGAACUUAAAGGUCCCUCCACCCUCCAGAGCCUUUAACGUAACAUCAGGAAAAGGGGUGUUUGACAUACCAAAUUCUCAGCAAGCUCUGCCUGUUCCUCAUUCUUCUCCAUUCCACCUUUCUCUGUGAAUUUUUUCUUUUCUCAUAUGACCUAGACAUCGAUCUGCCCAGGUCUUAACCCUGGCUCCCUUUGUUAACAAUGCCUCAAGCUCCACAAGAAGAAACUGGGUCGGUUCAGUGCUGACCUCUAACUACUCAGUCGACGUGGCUCCAGGCGGAAAUCGUCACUUGUGUUGUCAUUAUUAUUAUUAUUAUUAUUUUGGUUCGAUGUUUUAUCUUGUUUUGUGAGACAAGGUCUUGCUGCGUAGCCCAGGUUGGCCUUGAAGUUAAGAUCCUCCUGCUUCAGCAUCCUGAGAGCUGGGCUUACUGGUGUACAGCACCGCAGCCAGCAGAGUCUUUAUGGUUAUUAAAGAGGACAGGUUAAGUUUGCUUUCCUUGGGUCGUGCAUGUGGGUCAAGGCCAAGUGUAGCCUGCUGCUCAGACACCCAUCGACCUCACUGGACGUUAGCCCUCUAUUGGGCCCCCAAUGCAGACCCUGAGUGACGUACUGGCUCACCGGGGCCAACACAAAGGGAGGUGCAGGGCUUGUUUUAAUUUAGUUCACACCGUUAGCUUCCAUGGCGAUAAGUCUUUCCUGGGUCUGUUGGAAGCUCCUGGGUGUCUGACUUCUUUUAAAGAGUUUGAACUGAUAUCAAAAUAUCAUUGGGAAUUUCUUCACCUAGUGUCCCAUCCUGAAGAUGUUACCAUGCAAGACUCAGCAGAGGUGGGAAAAGUUAGUACAAACCUUUGAGGGUGGAGGCAGAGGAUCUUGGGAGGACCUCAGCUUUAGUGUCUGAACAUUCCGGUUCUCAGGUCCAGCCAGUCACAGCAGCCAGUACCAUCCCAGUGCCUGUACACCGAUGCAACCGGCUCAAAUGUCUCCCAGAAGUGCCUUCCCCACCAGUCAUACCCUUUGAAGAGUCAGAAGCCGAGACUAAGUUGAGGCCAAUCUGGUUGGACAUCGUCCCUGCCCUGACAUAAGACAGCCCUGCUUCUUUGGUGACUCUGAUUCUUGGAAGUCAGACAAAUGCUGACAGCACAAAUCUCACAGCACAGUUAGACCUGGGUAGCUGUACCAGCACCUCCUGUCAGGUCACACUGGCCCUCUUGAUACUCAGUGCAGCUACUGAGUCAGGAGCACUCGUCAGCAGACACAUAAGUCAGUGGACAGUGACUCAGAGGACUGUGAACAUUCCCAUUAAAUGGAUUGAAACUAAUUCUGGAGACAUUAAGAGAGCUCAGUUAAUAAUGGCACUUACCAAUAUCCCUGAGAACAUGAGUUCAAUCCCCUGGGAUCCAUCUGGUGAAGGAGAGAACCAACUUGCCCGGGAUGUCUUCUGAAUUCUACACACAACACACACACACACACACACACACACACACACACACACACACACCCCUCUAGCUGUAACUUUAAACACAUGAUGGGACAUGUUCUCUCCAUGCAAAACUACAAUGGGGACUCAGUCUGAAAGAUAGAUUCUGGGUGGACAUACGCAGACCCAAACCAUAAGUCAGUUUGUCAUGUGCCCAGAAAAAGGUGGUAACAACAGUCCCAAUGCCCAAUGUCCUUUUUCUCCUAAAAAGGUUGUGGGGAGGCAUGGUUGGUACCCACCCACCCACACUGGUGAGGGAAGUGACUGUGUCCCGAGUCUUAGAUGGUGAUGUUGUUCCCUGCAAGUCCCCAGGCCAGGUUUCCUAGUGCCUGUGAGCCACUAGGUGGGCCGGCAACACGCUGACACUGCCUACAGGCCCCAGUCCCAUGGUGAAUAGUAAGGUGACCUCUCUCCAAGGCCAAGGGGAGGCCACAUGAGACAACACGUUUCUCACACAGGGUUUCACUCUAUAGCCCAGGCCAGCCUUGAACCCAUGAUUCCUCUGCCUCAGCCUACUGGGUUACAGGUGUGCACUGCCAUACCUGGCUUACGUUUGUUUUUUAAUGUUCUCGUGUAACAUGUAUUCCCUGAAGCCAUUGAUCUAUCUCAAAGACACAGUGUUGUGCACACACAUGUGCGCACGUACACACACCAAACUGGAAAGUGACCCCUCUCCAUAGUGUAAUAAGUUUAUUAUAAGAACCCUAUGCUGUUUUUAGAACUCAUCUUUCUGACUUCUGUAUAUGAUGCACUGAAGGUUAAUAUGUAAUAUUUUAAUUUAUUUUAUGUGGUAAGUUAAUUUUGGUUUUCUGUAAUGUAUUAAUGUGAUUAGAAGCUUUUUUCCUUAAUAUCUGAAUUAUACUUAAAGAGUAGUGAGGAAUAUAAGAUACUGUUGUGUUUUUCAGAGUGCGUAUUGUUACUCAGUUGUAUUGUACCUUGUUUGGAAGGAUGAAGGAAUGAACUCUUUUUUUUCCUAAAUAUCAAGGCUGACGUUUUUCUUUAAUGUGGCUGAAACAAAAUUUUCUCUGAAAAUGUGAAGGGGGUGAGGG